AUGGGCAAGUCGCGAUCGGCCACCGUCGUCAUCGCUUAUUUGAUGCAUGAGCACAACAUCAGCCCUUCGGAAGCUUUGUCGCACCUCCGGCAAGCGCGAUCCAUCUGCGAACCCAACGACGGCUUCAUGAAGCAGCUUGAACUAUACGGUAAGAUGCAAACACCCGAAGACGUUGAAAGCACCCCGGCCUAUCAACGAUGGGUCUACCAGCGCGAGAUUGAGCUCAGCCGCGCCUGUGGUCAAGCUCCAGAGGCGGACAAGAUCCGUUUCGAAGACGAGCAUACGAGCAUUGGCAACGUCAAAAUACCUGCUAUCGCAUGGACCACGUUCAACCGUCAGCAAUGAAAAAGCAAAAGGGCCUUCAGCUGCCGCGGCAUCGCAAAACUGUGCCCACUACUUCCUCGACCCCCUGUCUUGGAUGCGCCCCGAGCUCGAGCAAGGCAAGUUGGAAGGUCGUCUUGAAUGUCCAAAUCAAAAGUGCAGAAACAACGUCGGCAAGUACGCCUGGCAAGGCAUGCAAUGCAGUUGCGGCGAGUGGGUUGUCCCCGGCAUCAGUCUCGCAAAGGGACGCAUCGAUGAAGCUAGAAAGGCAAACUUUGGCAUCCGUCGUCCGCCAGGGGCUGUGUCCGGUCCGCCCCCGCUAGGAGCACCUCAUGCCAAGCAAAACCUUUGAGAAACAUACGAAAAGAGCAUCAUGCGAUUCUGGCUUUGCUGGAGGCUGUUAUGCCUCGGUCCCGUGCUGACGUUUAUCGCCAAACGAGGAUAUAUCGCCGCGUUUGCAUCUCAACUAAACUAGAACAUGCAACGUACAAACACACACACCCCGUUUAUACGCUUCUAUUACUCCAUGAACGACCUAUUCAGCCGACCGCCAACUCAUUGCCAACCUCAGCUGCUGAAGCCUUUUACGUAUAAGCCAUUGAGAGAGAGAAAAAAAAA